AUGGAUAAGAAGGAAGAAGUUAUGGAUUUUAAUGAAGCUGUAAGCAAGGCAGCUAGCGCAAUGCAUCGUUUCCCUCUGAAUGAGGUACAAGGUGUCCCACUCAGAAAUUGGAUCGUUCAAAACUGGAGCUCUGUUUCAGCUUUCUGUCCAGAUCCAUCAGAUUUGCUCAUCUCCACCUACCCGAAAGCAGGUACCACAUGGAUCCAGGAAAUAGUGGAUCUGUUGCUGCAUAACGGAGAUGCUGAAAUUUGUAAGAGAGCUCCGACUCCUGUACGCAGCCCAUUUCUGGAGGUUCAUUUUCCUCCUCCAGUUCCAUCAGGACUGGACAUAAUAAAAACAAUGCAACCUCCCAGACUCAUCAAGACACAUUUACCCAUUCAUCUUGUGCCUGAAGGGUUCUGGGAAAAUAAAUGCAAGGUUAUUUAUGUGGCUCGAAAUGCCAAAGACAACUUGAUCAGCUACUAUCACUUUGACCAAAUGAAUCUACUUCAACCAGAGCCAGGUUCAUUGGAAGAAUAUCUCCAAAAGUUCAUGAAAGGAAAAUUGCCCUGGGGUUCUUGGUAUGACCAUGUGAAAGGUUACUGGAAAGAAAGAGAGAAGAGGAACAUCCUUUACAUUUUCUUUGAGGACAUGAAAGAGAACCCUCGUCAAGAAAUAGUGAGGAUCAUGCAGUACCUGGGCCUGUUGCUUUCUGAUGACAUCAUUGACAAGAUUGUGGAGCUGACAUCUUUUAAUGUCAUGAAGGAAAAUCCAAUGGCCAACUACACAUCUAUCCCAAAAGUUAUAUUUGACCACUCCAUCUCUCCUUUUAUGAGAAAAGGGGAUGUGGGAGACUGGGCCAACUACUUCACACCUGCUCAGACCCAGACAUUUGAUAAGGACUAUGCCAGACAAAUGGCUGAUGUUGACAUACUUUUCCGCACUGGUCUAUGA